UGUCAAACGAGGUUCUUCGCGCUCAUAUCUUCACUUCUUUUCUUCUCUUGCCCAGGUGGCCUUUCAUCGUCUAGUCCUUCCUAGUGUUUACACUGCGCUCAUACCCACCUUAAUACCAAAAUGCGUGGCUCAAUCGCUGCUGUCUCUGGCCUUCUCGCCACCGUCUCUGGCCACGGCCUCGUAACCUCUAUCACCGGGGCGAAUGGAGUCACAAUGCCGGGUCUAAGCGUUGCCGACGGGACGCCCCGCGACUGCAGCAGCAACCGGUGCGGGUCCCAAGCCGACACGGCGAUCAUCAGGGACCGCGAGAUCAGCGACGGGCGAGCCGGCCCUCUGGGGCGCACCCAGGGCAACGGGGUCAUCGACGCCGCCACCAUGAUCCAGAACUUCAUGGGCACGGCGCGGGCGCCGCAAAACAACGGCGCGGCGGACUCGGUCGGCGAGGAGGACAACAUCUCGGCGAACUUCCUGAACGGGCGGGGCGGGGUCUUCGGGCGGGGUCUGGGCGACCUGCUGUCGGGGCUGAUCGGCGGCGGGGGCAGCGGCGGGAGCCGGGGCAACAAGACGCAGACGGCGGCGGAGACGCGGGUGGCGGCGACGGCGGGCGCGGGCGCGUCGGCGGGGCUGCCGACGUGCGCGGACGACGGGUCGAUCACGAUGACGUUCCGGCAGAUCAACCAGGACGGGGCGGGGCCGCUGGAGGCGGCGGUGGACGGCACGUCGGGCGGGACGGACGCGGCCGCGUUCCAGACGGCCGAGGUGACGCAGGACGUGCCGGGCGCGGUGCUCGGGCUCUCGCUCGCCACCAACACCGACUUCCCCCUGACCGUGCAGAUGCCCGCCGGCAUGACCUGCGACGGCAGCGUCGGCGGCGCCGACAACGUCUGCAUCGUCCGCGUCCGCAACAGCGCCGUCGCCGGCCCCUUCGGCGGCUCCGCCGCCUUCACCCAGUCCCCCGCCGCCCGCAAGCGCGCCAUCGCCUACCGCCUCAAGAAGCGCCACGACGCCCAGCAGAACCGCCGCCUGCGCUGAGGCCGCGGCACCAUCGGCGAUAGAGUGGUGGGCUGGAAUGGGAGGGCGGGUAGCCCCAGACAGCGCGGAAUGAGACGCCGGAUAGAUAUAAUUUAGGCAUACUGACGGAAUUUUUUUUUCUUUCCCUUGCGUCCUUCCCGCAGGGUUUGGAUGGUGACGAGUGUCUAGACAAGUGUAGGCGUAUAGAAUCAGUAGGUGCGUCGCCAGCGCUGAAGAUACUCCGAGUGCAUAAGAAGACGGAGACGUCAGAAAUUUCCGGUUUAGCGAGGUUAAUACAGCUCAUUUUUUCCAAG